AUGAGCCCACUGCCGGCAGAUCGAGUUCAACAACAUAGACCAUUCAAGAAUUGCGGGGUGGACUACUGUGGGCCAUUUUGGACUCACUAUAAAAUUCGAGGAAAACGACCACAUAAGGUGUAUCUAAAAGUCUUCUGCUGUUUUUCAACCAAGGCAGUACACCUAGAGGUGGUCUCAGACCUGACUACCCAAGCCUUCCUGGCAGCGUUAAAGAGAUUUUGCGGACGACGAGGAUUACCAGCGAAAAUCUAUAGCGACAACGCGACUAAUUUUGUUGGAGCCUACAACGAACUAUCAGAAGUAAAAGAAGCAAUUUUCGCCGAGGAGGCACAAGCACUGAUACACAAGACCUGCGCAAAUCUGAGCAUAGAAUUCAAGUUUAUACCACCUCGGGCACCCCAUUUCGGAGGCCUAUGGGAAGCCUCGGUGAAAUCAGCCAAGCACUUACUGAAGCGAACACUAUAUACCGCUACACUAACUCAUGAAGAACUUGAAACCAUAGUCAUCGAUAUUGAAGCUAUUUUAAAUUCUCGUCCGUUGACAUCCGUCUCUUCCAGCCCGAGGGAUCUUACGGCAUUAACGCCAGGGCACUUCCUGAUUGGAGAACCUCUAACGGCAUCACCUGAUAUUCACCAAUCAAGGCGACGCACAGGGUUACUCACUCGGUGGAAGCGGAUCGAACAACUACGAAAGGAAUUCUGGACACGUUGGAGCCACGAAUACUUACAUGAGCUACAGAAUCGAUCGAAGUGGACAAGAAGUUGCAAAACAGUAAAGAUUGGUGAUCUGGUUAUAAUAAAGGAAGACAACAUCGCUCCGUUGAACUGGCCCCUGGGACGCAUCGUAGCAGUCCAUCCUGGUAAAGACGGCGAGAUCCGAGUGGCAGAAAUACGGACAACAUCCGGCAAUAUAACUCGUGCCAUACAUCGACUGGCGGUGCUACCAAUCAACGAAAAGAAGGAAAAAACCGACCUCUAA